CAAUAUUUUACCUUCUCUGUUGUCGAUCGAUGCUUUUAUCGAUCGACUUUGAUUUCAUUCGUAACUUGUCGUCUGCAAAUAUAAUGUAACGCGGGAAAAAUCAUAUAUUGGCUGAGAAAAGCGAGACUCGUGUCGAUCAUCACCAUGACAACUCGCCAAGUGGUCGGGUAGUCAGGAAGUUUGAUCGACAAAGCUACGUUGUUGAUCGGGCCGGUGAAUUAUUCGACGACUCUUCGCUCCAAGUUGCCUUUUAAUAAUUUCCACGAGUAAAUAAUAACAUAAAUCGACGGCAAAAUGACGGACGGCAAAGCCAAGGGGGUGGGCUUCGCGCUCAUCGGCAACGACUUGCUGCAGCGCGACGAAUUGAGCAGCAGAACUCUGGACGAGCUGCAGCAGGGCAGAUCCCACCACAGUUCCCCUCUGCACUCGGUCUUUUACGACGAGAAGCAAUGGAUGGACCAAUUCAACGAGGACACCUUCAAGAUCCUCGACCCGGACGAUCCGUUGAUGAAGAGAUUCCAGGAUGCCCUGAAAUCUCACUUGCAGCGCAUCGACGGUAAACUCGAAGAGGAGAUUCGCGAGUUGGAAGCGGCUCUGAAGGAUGCCAACAAGACGCGCGAGGACGAGGGCCUCGCCCUGUACGAGGUGCAGCAGGAGGCCGCCCGCCAGGAGCAGGCCAUCGACCAGUACAAGGACAUGCUCGCCGAGGUGGUGAACCUGCGCGGCGACAUCAGCGAGCGCCUGGAGAAGAUCAAGUCGGCCCACAAGAGGCUGCAGGACGAGCUCCAGGCGAAAAAGUCCAAGGAGAAGCUGCUGCAGCAGAGCGUCGAGAGCCUCGACGCGCUCCAGAGGCAGUUCGCCAAGUGGGAGCAGGACCUCGCCGCGAACCUCAGCAUAUCCCAGAGGAUAUCGGAGAAGGACGCGGCCACCGAGCGCGAGCUCAUCUACCAGAAGCAGCAGAAGGACUUUGUCCUGCUGAAGCUCGAGGACGAGGUCUGGAAGCUGCAGAGCGAGAUCAAGGACCUCGACGAGCAGCUGCAGAUCAAGGACGAGGAGAAGAUGGCCCUCGGCCAGACUCUGGCCGACGCCGCGGCCGACCUGGAGGCUCUCGAGAAGGAGCACAAGACCCUUUACAGCGCUUGGAACAGCGUGCUCGUGCUCAUCAGCCAGAGGGACAAGAUCAACGAGGAAAUAGGCGCCGAGCAAAGGAGAAUAAAGGAGUCGCUGCAAAAUCUACAAGCGCAAGUGGAAAAUCUGAAGAAGAACUCGAACAAAGAGAUGGAAAACAACGAGAGGCUGACCGCGCUGCAAACGAGAAUCAAGGACGAGAUCAAUCUCGUGAAAAAGCUCUACGACACGGACAAGGAAAAGUACUCGAGCCUGGAGAAGAACUUCAACAAGAUAUCGAAGCUGAUCGAUCAGAACGAGCGAGAGCUGGCGGCGGCCACGAUGGAGCACGAUGCCGCGAGCAACGCCGACGAGCAGCUCGGCCGAGAUCUCGUCAAGCUCGAGAAGCUGAAACGCUCCCUGGAGGAGGACCUGCUGGCCAGGCUCGACGACAAGGUCAUGCACGACAAGGCCCUGAAGAAUCUCAACCGGAUGCUGCACGAGACCAAGGACGGCAACCUCGAGAGCGAGGUGAAUCUCAACCGGGCCGAGAACGCCUACGGCAAGUCCCUGCUCGAGAUCGAGAAGCUCAACUCGCUGCUGGCCGGCGAGCGCUUCGACCUGGACGCGAUCGAGCAGAAGAACGAGGACAAGCGCCGGGACCUGGAGAAGAUUCAGGCCGACAUCAAGAAUCACGAGCUGCUGCAGAAGCAGAAGGAGCGCAAGGUCGCCCAGCUCAACAAGAAGAUCGAGGAGCUGUCGCGCGGCAAGGAGGAGAUCGACCCCUACGACGCCAAGAUCCAGUCGAUGGAGAAGAACAUCGACGAGACCGAGCAGAAGAUCAAGAAGGCCCAGCAGUUCUGGCUGCGUCAGCAGGGCUACAUGUACAGCAUGAGCGAGCAGCGUGACAGGCAGAUACAGGAGCUCAGCUGCAUCUGCCGCGAGAUCAUGCUCAUGGAGCAGAGGAACUACAAGCUCGAGGUCCAGCUCGACAAGCAGAGAAAGGAGGAGGCCAACGUCAAUCGCAGCAUGAACGGCCUCCAGCACCGACUGCUCCAGAUCAACGUUAAGCUCGCCUCCCAGAAGGAGCUGAAGAACGAGCUCGAGGACAAGAACAACUCCGUGAGGAACGAGUACAUACAGUCUCUCAAGAACGCCGAGCUCCAUCUCAUACAGCUUCAGGCCGACAUCAAGAGGCUCUGCGAGGACAAGUGCAACUUGAAGGAGCAAUUGACCGCUGCUCAGCAGGAUAAUUUGUCCUGGGAAAAGAAGGUUCAAUUGAUUACCGAAACGAAUAAAUCAUUCAAGGAAGAGCGUAAUUCGGGCGGCGACAUUGCCCUCAUGAAGAGCGAGAUACAUAAGAUGGAGAUACGUUUGUCGUAUUUGAGAAAAGCUCAGGAGAAGCUCGUGCAGGAUAUGGAAUUUUGCAUCUCCAGAAGGGACAAUAUCGUUGACGAAGCAAUGGCUAGAGAAAAGAAAAAUCCCAAGAAUCAGCAUAAUCAGAGAAUCAUAAUGAAGAAACGAUUGGACGAUCAGAAAACAAAAAUUAAACAAGUUAUCAAGGAGACUAAACAAAUAGAGAAUAAAAUUGCUAGCAUAGGAGAUCAGCAAAAAACUUUGUUGGAAUACCUCAACGAGGGACAAAAGCUUUUGAGGCAAAAUGAAGAUAUAGUGCCCGAUAUAGAAAAGCAGAUCGUAGAAGCCGAGCUCAUAAAGCAUCAUAACUUGGAAGUUUUGGUGAGAAAACAACGCAGAGUCAAUAUGCUACGAGAAUUAAAGGAUGGCUGUUAUAAAUCGGUUAUCAAGAGCGAAAUGGUUUUAGACGAGGAAUGGCGGAAUCAGUUAAAUUUGAAUAAGAAUUUAAACGAAAUAAUGGAACAAACGCAACAUGAUUUUCCUCUGCUGAAAAAUCAAGUUAGAAAAAUAUUACUCACACUGGAAACUUGA